AUGCCGUAAAAUAUUUUGUCCCGACCUGCCAGAGAAGAGAGACAGAAGGCCUCAAAGCUUAUAAAUAUAUAGACGAUGAAAGUUGGCUCGUCGAAACGCGCUUUCUUUUUAUAGACAGUAUUAUAGUCUUUCUCACGAUGAUGAUAGAAAAUGUGGAAGCCUUGAAGUCGUGGCUGGCAAAACUCCUGGAGCCGAUAUGUGAUGCUGAUCCCUCUGCAUUAGCCAACUACGUGGUGGCUCUUGUGAAGAAGGACAAACCAGAGAAGGAGCUGAGGGCACUUUGUGCUGAUCAGCUUGAUGUCUUCCUACAAAAGGAGACGAUUGGAUUUGUAGAUAAACUUUUUGAAUGCCUGACAACUAAGAACUACUUGGGAAAUCCUGCCAAGGAGGCUCCUAAAGAGGAAGUGAAACCACCUGUAGUCAAGGUUGAUGUUGUUGAGGCUGAAACUCCAGAGGAGGAGAGAGAAAACAGGCGCAGGAGAAGUCCCCUGAGAAACCGCUCUGAAUUCAACGAAUCCAGGAACCGUGAUGACAGGAGGCGAGAUGAGCGUAAGCGCCGUGACUUUGAGCGGCACGGGAAAGGCUGCGGCGACUCCCAUCGUGAGCGCCACGAGCGCCGCAGGGGCAGCCCCCGCGGGAGGAGCUACAGCAGAAGUCGCAGCAGGAGCAGGAGCGGCAGCCGAGGAAAGAGCAGGGACAGGGAACACAGAGGAGGCAGAGAGUUCAAGUCAAAGUUUGAGGUGGAACGAAAGGAUACAGACAGCUACAGCUCCUCUGCCACAUCCAGCUCCCAACAGCAGCACUCAUCACCUCUCCUGCCUCUUCCUACACUUCCACACCCGUUUCCCCCCUCUUCCUCAUCAUCAGUUGGAGUCUCAGGAGCCGGAGCAGUUCCGAUCGCAACAGCGGCUCACCUGCCUGACAGCACUACGGACAGCUGGUCUGGCUACUACGCCGCUCAGAGGCAAGAUGGCGUCAGCAAGCCGUUUAGCAACAAGAGUGCUUCACUAAAGCAGCGUUGCAGGGAUUAUGACGAAAAAGGAUUUUGUGUCCGCGGUGACCUUUGUCCCUUCGAUCACGGCAGUGACCCCCUCAUUGUCGAUGACGUCAGUCUACCCAACAUGAUUCCUUUCCCGCCCCCACCGGUUAUGCCUCCCACUGGCCUGCCCAUGCCCCCAAUCACUGAGCCACCCCCUUCCCUCAGGAUGCCAUCGUUGCCCCCCUACGGACAGCCGCCACCACCAGGCGUCUUCCCGAUGACGGGACCCCCACUCAUACCAACCAGUGGGAUCGAAACCCCUAACCACCAACCUACAAUCACUUCUUCCCCCCCUGUCGGACCGCCUGGUGUGGGGCUGCCACCUACUCUUCCUCCUCCUCCUCCUCCUCAGCCUCCCGCUUCAUCUUCAUCUGUGUCUCUUCGCCCCCAAUAUGUCCAGUCUGAAUAUAACUACGAUCCAGAAGGCUACAACCCAGAAUCUCCAGGCCUGACUGCCCCAGGUCAUAAUUCAUAUCGUCAGUUCAUUCCUCGGGUUCAGACCCAGCGCUCCAAUCUCAUCGGCCUCACUUCCAAUGAAGGGCAAGGCUCCAGAGCUGCAAACAUAGUAAUCCAGACGGAGCCUGCCGCUGUAGUCAGCACUCCUGGAAGCAACGUGUCCCGUUUCAACACAGAACAGGACAGCAGGAAGAGAGCCAUGGGACCCGGUAUUACUGAGGGACCAGCAGCCAAAAAGCCCUGGAUGGAGAAGUCGAGCUUUAACAAUCAGCAUAAUUUUCCCAAGAGGAAUCACUAUGUGAACACAAAGUUGGAGGUGCGCAAAAUCCCACGGGACCUCAACAACAUCACCAAGCUCAACGAGCAUUUCAGCAAGUUUGGAACCAUCGUCAAUAUUCAGGUGGCAUUUGGAGGAGAUCCAGAGGCAGCAUUGAUCCAGUACACAAAGAACGAAGAAGCCAGACGGGCCAUAUCCAGCACAGAGGCGGUGCUUAACAACCGUUUUAUCAGAGUGUACUGGCACCGUGAGCUAGGCACCAACACUUCAGGUCUUCAGCAGCAGGAGCCGAGCCCAGGGAACCAGGCAGCAGGGUCGGUUCCAGGCCAGGGGCUGCAGCACAGCAACAUGCACAAGGGAGUCAAGCAGCACAAUCCAGCUGCUUAUGUGUUCAACAAGACUGUACCCAAGCAUCACCUGAAUGCAGCUGUCGUCGGCCCCACAAACACAGCAAAGACAGACGGCCUGAAUCCAAACUCCGACGCUGUCACCGCAGCGGCUACACCAACAAACACCCAGAAGAUCCCCUACACUUCCACACCUCUCAUGUCAUCCUCAAAGAGCCUUGGGAAAACAGGAAAAGCACUGGAGGCACAGGAAGCUCUAAAGAAGAAACAGGAGGCAUUAAAACUCCAACAAGACAUGAGAAAGAAGAAGCAAGAGAUGUUAAAGACGCAGAUUGAGUGUCAGAAAGCGCUGAUAAAUCGUCUGGAGAAGAAUCGAGGUAUGAAACGCGAGGAAAGAGCCAACAUCAUGAAAACCUUAAAGGAGCUAACGGAGAAGAUUACCCAGCUGCAGAAUGAAAUGAAUCCUGCCUCCCAGGUCUCAGGUGGAAAAGCCAACCACAGCCAGCCCAAAACAAAGACUGAUGCCCAGAAGGAACUGCUGGAUGCUGAGCUGGACUUUCACAAAAAGAUGAGCUCUGGAGAGGAUACAACAGACCUGAAGAGAAAACUGGGUCAGCUGCAGGUUGAGGCCACACGGUUGGGUUUGAUCCGGCCUCCGGGGGGCCGAGGUCGUGGCCGGGGGAAGAUGGCAUCGGAGCCCGGCAUAAUGCCCGCAGGCCGUGGCAGGAGCCGCAGCCGGGACAUGGUGGCUCGUGGCGGAGUCGUAAACCGCAUGGUGGUAGACCACAGACCCAGAGCCCUCACUAUUUUAGGAGUCACGCCGGAGGAGAAGGAGGAGCUGAUGCCGCACUUCGUGAAAUUUGGUGAGAUUGAAGAACUCCGCGACCAAGACACCAACAGUGUCAUCAUGACUUUUAAGACAAGAAGCGAAGCAGAGAAUGCAGCCAAUCAGGGAGCUAAGUUCAAGGGUCGUGUUCUACAGAUUUCCUGGUACAAGCCCAAGACGCCUUCUGUUACAACAGAGCCAGAGGAGGAAGAGGCUAAAGAUGAGGAUAUCACGAAGGAAGCAAGCUCUUAUUUGGGGGGAGAGGAUGAGGAGGAAGAAGAGGAUGAUGACGAAGAUGAUGAAAACGAGAGCCGAUCUUGGAGGCGAUAAAAAGACUUUCUGUUCUCCAGCAAAUUUUUUUUUCUCUUUACAUAGAAAGGAACUCACUUUUUUUUCUUUACAGUGAUUUUUAGACUUUAAUCAAAGGAAAAACAUCUACUUUAACCGACUCAGAAACGAAAAAGUUUCGAGGGUCGGUUGUUUUUGUGUCCCUUAACGAAACAAUUGUUUAAAACAUCUCACUUUUGCUGAGAAAGCUAAAUGUUAAGUUCUCAUAGAUAGAAAAAUCUAUGGAAGUUUUAGAGUGCUUACCAGAUGAUUAAUAUCAGUAAUGCACAACAUUUGUGUCUACUGUGAAUAGGUAUUUUUAAACAUAUUGUAUUUAAUUUUUUUUUUCUCACCUGUUUUUGUUUUUUUUUUUUUUU